AUGAGUAUUCCGGAGAGUGUCUAUCACAUUAUGGACCAAGUUGCUGAGAUUGUAGAACGUUGCAAUAAAAUUAAGAGAUUGAUCGAAACAACUUCUGAUCGCGAUCAGCUAUUGCAAUUCAUGAACGAAUUGAACAAUUGUGAUCUUAAGUUGGACGUUCUAUUGGAUGACGUAAGAAGCAUACAGGUUGAAACGUUACCGAAAUACGAAUUUUCUUCCGCAUCAAAUGAUGGGAGCGAACAAUGUUGUGCUGUAUGUCUGAAUGAUUUUCAAUUGAAUGAAAUUAUACGUAAGCUGCCCUGUGCUCAUGAUUUCCACUCUGAUUGUGUGGACAAAUGGAUAAAAUUGCACCAAACUUGUCCUAUGUGCCGGGCAUGUACGUUUGAUGGUUAG